AUUAGGUUAGCCUGUUAUAAAAUAUAUACUCUGCUAAAAGUAAUCGAAUUUAUACCAGUUAAAAAACUUAUCAUCACCUGUAAAUUAAUUUGACAUUUCGAAUGCAACGAAACAAAUUAACAGCUGAUGGAAUCACCGCCAUAUAAACAAAAUACAGCAAAAUCCUGGGCAAUCAGGUGGUAUAUUUAUGUAGAAAAAUGCCAAUUACCGACCAGGAGAAAUUAGGUAUAGUUGAUUUUCUGGCAAAAGAUGAGCAAAAUGUACCGGCACUGCUGCAAGUGGCCAGAAGCGUGACAAAAAACAUUUGCGACGUAGCAACAACGCAAGAGGCACUGGACUACGUGUAUAUACAAAUUGGAGAUACACUAACGCUGCCAAACAAACGGGCUAUAACAAGAGAAAUGCUUUUUAAAUACUUACAUCAACGUAAAAUUCAAGUCAAUGCAGAUUUCACCAAAGGCGCUUUAAUAAGUAGAAUUAUUGAAUAUUGGAACUCUAAAUUCGAGUAUAACAAUGAUAACUCUUUACCUAAUACCACUACGAGCAUAACAAGAUUAACCAAUGUGACUGAAAAUAAUACAGCCACUAGCAUCACGACUAAUCUUAGCACAUCACAACAAGAGAAUGAAACUCAGUAUCCCAUUCAUUUACUGGCGCGACAGUUUACUGAAUGGUUUUUUAAUAACCUAAAUAAACAAACUGUAAAAGCAGAUGAUUUUUGGUCAGAUUGCCAACUACAGUUGCGAAUUGCCGCUACCGAUCAAAUGAAUGAUUAUGAGUGUACAGGUGCAGAUGAAGUAAUCUUUACGCUUUUAGGUUCAAAAGAACAAUUUGGCUUCUACUUCAAUCCGAACCUCACGCAUGCUGGUGUUCAAGGUCGAAUGAAUGUGCAUGGUCUAGUACUGGUAUUGGCAUGUGGUACACUUCACACAGAGCAAAAUUGUGUAGGCGUAUUUGAGUGUACGUUUGGCCUAUUGCGUGAUCCAUUCGCUGAGAACAACUGGAAGGUGAAAACAAUGAAAUGCAUACUGCGCAGCCAGCUAGCUGCUAUAAUGCCAAGCUUGUGUGAAAGCGAAACACUCGUAGAGGCACUUCAUUUACCGAUUCCAGAAGGAGAAAUUACGUAGCAUUAGCAGAUAUAGAUACCGACUAUCUACGAAAUCUAGUAUCUUCAAUAUUUAUUUAUUUUAAUUUUAUUGCUAAUAAUAAAUUAUUUUCAUUCAAAUUGAGUUUAUUUUGUAUUAGGAAAUAUGUAUAUGAAAAGCAGUUGGGAGGGAAAUAUGCACAUUUUGUUGGCAGCAGGAAAAAGCGUUAACGGAUACAGCAUCAAAAAAGCAUUCCCACGACAGUGUGGGGGUGUGUUCGAGCUACGUGUUAAUUAUCACAAUUUGUAGCCUUGCUUUCUUGAUGAUAUUUUAUUGAUACGCAACUUAAAAUCUUCUGAAAUGCUGCAGAAAUUGCGCAGAAAAAAUUGUAUGUUGCUUUUGUUUUGCCAAUGAUGAGCACCUGAUUGUAAAAAUUUUGUUCCUCAAACGCUUGAUGUAGGCAGUCUGCUUUCAUAAAAGGUAACAUUGCCGUAUUAACUGCAGCUCGAAAACACCCUCUAUUAUAGUCAUGUAUAUAACCAGAACAAGCCAGAUUUACAUAUAUGCAUAUGUACAUAUGUAUAUCUGGAAAAAUAAAUUAUGCAUUGAAUUAUAAA